AUGUCAGCCCUGAAAGAGAAGACCAAAGAAUAUCUGACUGUGAAGGAUCUGGAGAAGGUUUUGGACUCAUGCAAACUACAUCUCAAUGAAAUCGACGAGGUCUGGCCAAAGAUAUAUAUAGGGAAUGUGGCAGUAGCCCAAAACAAGGCUGCCUUGGUGAAAUUAGGUAUAACUCAUAUAUUAAACGCUGCACACUCCAAGCGAGGCAGCAUAGGGAACCAAAGCUUUUAUGGCAGCGGCUUUGUGUAUUGUGGCAUUCCAGCAGAUGACUCGACACACUUUGAUCUGGAUGUUUACUUCCAGUCUGCAGCUGAUUUCAUUCAUAGAGCUCUGAAGUCACCUGAUGGGAAAGUUCUGGUGCACUGCAUCAUGGGAAUGAGCCGAUCAUCGACCUUGGUGUUAGCGUACCUCAUGAUCUACCGUCACCUACCGCUCAAACGGGCCUUGCAGAAAUUGACCAAGAAGAGAGCCAUCUACCCCAACAGGAAUUUCCUGGCUUUGCUGUUGGAUCUGGAUCUUCAGCUGACCAGAAAAAAGCAAACCUGUCAGAUCCUGUAA